AUAGAGUAGAAAGUUUGAUUGACGUAUCACGUAUUGACGUAUACGUGCGCGUAUAGAUUGUCGACCGCUAGCCUUUUAUCGAAUAAUUAAUUAAUUAGUCAUUAGAAAUAAUAAAUAAUUAAGUAACAAAAAACACGAGACAUUGGUUUUAUUAGAGCUUAAGGUCAAUUCUGUAUAAUUGACAUGUGGCAGUGAAAAUAAGUUUGUUCAGCGGUCUUAUAUUCAGCUAAUAUGUUUAGAAGCAAAAUAAGGAUACACACAUGUCGUAUAAUUCUUCUUACAUCCUUAGUGUGGUUAUUAGUAGAUGUUGCACUCUUGACCUUUUACUCAGACUGUUUUGGUGAAGGAUGGGACUGCAGUAAAAGUAAAAAUGUGAAUAGUGACUAUGCUCCUGUAAAGACUAUUGAAGUAGUAGGAGGUAAAAAAGCUGCAAUUGCAGCAGCAUUAAAAAAGGACAUAGAUGAUGAGGACACAAAUAUUGAGGAGAAUGAGAUAGAGCAUAAUGUUGGAGAAGAUGGUGUGAUGCUGCCACCCUAUCCCAGAUCUCGGCUCAAGAGGUGGUCCCCAGCCCCAUUUGUGAAACCGGUGGGGGAUUCACCAGGGGAAAUGGGCAAGGCGGUAAACAUUCCUAUAGAACAAGAGAAGCUGAUGUUGGACAAAUUCCAAGAGAACCAGUUCAACUUAUUGGCCAGCGACAUGAUCUCACUCAACAGAUCUCUCACUGAUGUCAGAUUUGAAAAGUGUAAAGACAAGCAGUACCCGCAGCUCUUGCCAACAACGAGUGUAGUGAUAGUGUUCCACAACGAGGCAUGGACCACCCUCCUCAGGACCAUAUGGAGUACCAUUAACAGAUCACCCCGGCCGCUGCUCAAGGAAAUCAUACUCGUGGACGAUGCUAGUGAAAAAGAGCACCUGGGCAAGAAACUAGAAGACUACAUAAAGACAUUACCAGUCCCUACGCAUCUCUUCCGGACGGAAAACCGUUCGGGCUUGAUCCGAGCAAGAUUGUUAGGCGCUAAACACGUGAAGGGCGACGUUAUCACAUUUUUGGACGCACAUUGUGAAUGCACAGAGGGCUGGUUGGAACCACUCCUGGCGCGGAUAGUGGAGGACAGGAGCACCGUGGUGUGCCCCAUCAUCGACGUCAUUUCCGACACUACCUUCGAGUACAUCCAGGCUUCAGACAUGACUUGGGGUGGCUUCAACUGGAAACUGAACUUCAGAUGGUAUCGAGUGCCAGAGCGCGAAAUGGCUCGACGUGGAGGAGACCGGACAGCGCCUCUUCGCACGCCCACAAUGGCCGGUGGAUUGUUCGCCAUCGAUAAGGACUACUUCUACAAGAUCGGCUCGUAUGACCAGGGCAUGGACAUCUGGGGCGGAGAAAACCUCGAAAUGAGCUUCCGGGUGUGGAUGUGCGGCGGCACGCUGGAGAUCGCGCCGUGCUCGCACGUGGGGCACGUGUUCCGCAAGACCACGCCCUACUCCUUCCCCGGCGGCACGGGCCGCGUCGUCAACCACAACAAUGCUCGCCUCGCCGAGGUCUGGCUUGACGACUGGAAGCAUUUCUACUACAAUAUUAACCCAGGCGCGUUGAACGUGCCCGUGGGUGACGUCUCUGAGCGAAAAGCGUUGCGGGAACGCCUCAAAUGCAAGAGCUUCAGAUGGUACCUGGAGAAUAUUUAUCCUGAAAGUCAAAUGCCAUUGGAGUACUAUUAUCUUGGAGAGAUCCGUAACGCAGAGACGUCCAACUGUCUCGAUACACUCGGCGGUAAGGCAGGCCAGCCUCUCGGUAUGGGGUAUUGCCACGGUAUGGGCGGCAACCAGGUGUUCGCGUACACGAAGCGCAAACAGAUAAUGUCAGACGACAAUUGCCUCGACGCGGCGCAUCCCCGCGGGCCUAUCAAACUCAUCCGUUGCCACGGCAUGCGUGGCAACCAGGAAUGGACCUACGAUACUAAGACGCGAACAAUAAAACAUACAAACACGGGCAUGUGCCUCGACAAACCGGAGUCGUCGGACGUGUGGAAGCCGGUGUUGCGGGCGUGCUCGCGCGCGCGCUCUCAGCAGUGGCUCAUGCAGGUGGACUUCAAGUGGCAGGCGCGCCGCCAGCAGUCUCUUGGCAGCUAGUCCACGCCUCCGCAAGCCCUCUGAGGAUCGACAACGAUAGACCAUAACAGUCUUCCUUCUGUCGUUAGAUAAAAAAGAUUUACUUCCUUAUUCCUAUAUCUGAAAUUUUAUAUCUAUUAGAUUGUAUUGACACGGAAGGUCCUGUGAAUUGUUGACAAUACAUGCGCUGUAAUAAGUUUAUCUUAAACGUUGCUCAAACUUAGGAUUGUGUCUGACGUGUUGUAUGUAGAGUGAGAAGUUAUGUUUUCGCUAUAGUGGUUUUCCUGUACAAAGUCCCUUUUAGCAUACUUGACAUCUUCGAAUAUCGAGUUAUUCAAUAAUUUUCCUAUUAUCGAUAUAUUUUCAUAUAAAUAUAUCGGUUAUUAUUUUCGGUGUUAAUCGUCAAAUCGAAUAUUUCACAUUAUAUCGAAUCAACAGAUGAUAGAAAGGUGAUAUUCAAUAUU